GGGGCCCGCGUCGCCGCUGGCGAGCCACUCCGCCCUGGGCGGCGGCCUGGGGGCUCUCGGCGACCCGAGGCCCGUGUGGGGCGCCCUGGACCCCGUGAGCAUGCUGGUGGCGCCGGAGCAGCGCCAGGCCGCGUGGCACUCGUCCCCGGAGGCGGAGGCGAGGACGCCGACGCGGUCGCACGCCUCGCAGCAGCCCCUGCGCGUGGAGCUGGCCGAGCCCUUCUCGUCCACCCCGCCGGCGCGGCCCGCCAGGGCUGGCCUGCGCAGCGCGCAGCCGCGGCGGGCGGACUCGCCCGAGGCGGUGGAGGACCUGAGCGAGCGCCUGGCGAGCCUGGACUGCCUGGUCAAGGGCUUCUCGGCCGACAUCGCGGAGCUCACGGGGAGGCACCGAC